CUAUGGAGUUAUAUAUUUUGUAUCGAGUUUAGCAAUAAAAACUGUUACUUAAGAGCAUCUCAACACUCGUGUUUUAUAAAGAAUGACUUCGAAAGGAAGAGAAAGUGGGAGAAAAAGUCUUUCUCCUUGGAUGACUUGUGAAAAAUGUCAAAUUACUUUACCACAAAAAUGUGUAGAAAACCAUGAUACUAAUUGCCCACCCAAUCUUCAAAAAUGGAACCAUGAUUUUAUUUACAAUAAUGUAUUAUAUGGUACCAUAGAAACAUAUAAAUCACCAGAACAGCCAAAAAAUGUUUCUGAAAGGGCAUUAGAUGACAUAGUAUUUGUAUCACACAAUGCCUUGCAACUAUGUGAAAUUGCAAUAGGAGAUCCUGUACUUGUGACUACUGUAGAGAACACAGUUGUUAAAACAGCCUGGCCAACUAAAGAUAAAAGCUUAACAAGUAUAUCACUAACAAAGCAUGCAAUGGAAUUAAAUGAUCUUCGAGGUCUAGUUAAAAUCCAAAAAUUAGACUGCCCUGUUAAUAUUGCCAAGGAAUUCAUAAUUUGUAAUGUUGGAAAAUACACAUUACCAGAAGCAACCAUGGAACUUAACAUAAUACUAAAAAAUUAUAAUGAGCAUAAAAUAUAUUCUGUGGGUAAUAAGUUCAGUGUGCCUUUUUAUGGGAAGAAAUUAAUGUAUAGGAUUACUCAGGUUUUAUCAGAUGAGCAUGUAAAUAAUGAUUUACACGAACAACUUGAACAAUUGAAUAUAAAAGAUCAAGCACAUAACAUAAAAUUAUACAAAGUACUUUAUAACACAAAAUGGACUAUUAUAAAUGAUGUACAAGAGAACAAAGAAAAAGAGCAGAAAAAAGUUAAAUAUAAAGUAAAAGAUGUUGGUGGAUAUGAUAAAUUAAUGGAAGACAUCAAGGAUGUUCUUGAUAUUGGUCUUGGUAGAUGCCAAAGCAUUGGAGAUUUUUACAUUAAUAAAGGAAUAUUACUGUAUGGUACCGCUGGUGUUGGUAAAUCUAUUAUCGCCAAUGCCUUAAUAUCACAAUACGAUAUCAAUUCCGUCACUAUUAACACUUCAGAUAUUUACAGUAAAUCUCUUGGGGAAACAGAACAAAAAUUGCAAGAUAUUUUCAUGGAAGCCAAAACUAAAGCUCCAAGCAUUAUUUUAAUAGAAGAAAUCGAUAGCUUAUGUCCUAAAAGAAGUACUUCCAGUACAGAUCAUGAGAGGAGAGUUCUGUCACAAGUGAUUGCACUUUUCGACGACAUACAAAACACUGAUGAUAACGUCGUGAUACUAGCUACGACUUCCAAACUAGAUUUUGUGGAUAGUUCUCUCAGGAGGCCAGGGAGAAUAGAUAAAGAAUUCGAAAUUUAUGUACCCACUCCCACCAUGCGCAUGGAAAUAUUGCAGAAAAUGUUAUCGAAAAUACCAAAUACUUUGUCUAAAGAUGACGUGGCAAAUAUCGCAUUUGUUACUCAUGGAUUUAUUGGCGCGGAUUUAUAUGGCCUAUGUUCCCAAGCAAUUCUGAAUGCUGUAAAACGUCGGCAAAAAACAAACGCUACAUCUGAACUUUCAAAAGUAACAUCAGCGGACUUCGAUCGUGCUUUGGCUGUGUCAAAGCCAUCAGCCAUGAAGGAAGUUUUAAUAGAAGUACCGAAUGUUCGGUGGUCAGACAUCGGGGGGCAAAAAGAUUUAAAAUUAAAAUUACAACAAGCAGUCGAAUGGCCACUGUGUCAUCCUGAAGCAUUUUUGAGGAUGGGCAUAACCCCACCUAGAGGAGUUCUCAUGUUUGGACCACCGGGUUGUUCUAAAACAAUGAUCGCAAGAGCUCUUGCAACAGAAAGUAAAGUAAACUUCUUAAACAUAAAGGGACCAGAAUUAUUCUCAAAAUGGGUCGGCGAAUCUGAAAAAGCCGUAAGAGAGGUAUUCCGAAAAGCAAGACAAGUUUCACCUUCUAUAGUAUUUAUCGAUGAAAUCGAUGCUUUGGGAGGCGAAAGAAGUUCUUCGUCCAGCGCAGGAAGUAACGUGCAAGAACGAGUUCUGGCGCAAUUAUUAACAGAACUCGAUGGUGUUACUGCGUUGGGAAGCGUUACAUUAGUGGCAGCAACUAAUCGACCCGAUAAAAUUGAUAAAGCUCUCCUUCGCCCAGGUCGUUUGGAUAGGAUAAUAUAUGUGCCAUUACCCGACUAUGAAACUAGACAAGAAAUUUUUGAUAUAAAGCUAAGAAACAUGCCAAUUGCCGAAGAUGUACAGAUUCAAGAUCUAGUCGAUCUUACAGAAGGAUAUUCUGGGGCAGAAGUGCAAGCAAUAUGUCAUGAAGCUGCUAUGAAAGCACUUGAGGAAGAUUUGAAUGCUACUAUAAUCACUAAGGAACAUUUUAAAGCGGCACUAUCCAUAAUUACCCCUCGAACUCCUGCAUCUUUGAUAAAUUUAUACAAUGAUUACAUGAAUAAAAUACAUUAA